AGCGGCCGACGGGGGUUCUGCUGUGUAGAGCAAAGAUUCUGACGGAUCGAACUUCGGAUUCAGUCGGUGACAGCGAGCGGAACGGAACGGAUCGAAUCGAGCGAGAACACGAACCGGUUCGAAGGACCGCGAUUGGUUUUUGGGGGAUUCCUCGGAGAAUUACGCCGGAACCUUCCGGGUGAUGGGGGUUUGAAGUGCCGUAUCGAGCGAGGAGCUCAAGUGGAAAGCUAAAGUUGAUAAUAUCCUAGUUGAAAGUGUGAGUUCUUUUCCCAAGAAGCUAGCAAAGGAAGAAAAGUGUCAGUGAAUCGGAAAGGCCAAAGCAAAUUUUCCGUAGCCGGCAGAUGAGGUCAAAUGAUGGAAAGGCCGAUCGUUUUGGUUCAGAGGGAAAAAGUGAAGUGUCACGUGUUUUAAAAGUGAAGCUUUUAGCAAAAAUACCCACCUAAGCAGUAUUGGAGCUAUUGUCCGAAGAAAAAUUGGUUGAAUCGUUGAAGGAGAUUACAAACGCAUAGAUUCGUUUCCCAGAUGCGAAAUGAUGGAAAACUUUUCUGACAUUCCGGCAAAGCCGCGGCCAACCGUGGACCUGCUGCAGGAUACGCCGGCCAAGGCCACCAGUCCGACGGCUAAGGCCAGCAAUCGUAGAAGUCCUUCGCGAAAAAGCCAGCCGCAUCAGAACGGAAAGCGAAAAGGCAGCGGAAGUCGGCUGGAAGUUGGAAAGCCCGACUCUGAAUUGGCAGCUUCCGGCAGCACUUCUGCCAGCUCCUUCAUCAGCUAUCUGUUCUAUCUGCUGUGCAUCACCUCGCUCGGGGCCACCAUCUAUGGUAACAUUCGUCAGACCCAGCUCGAGGGUCGACUAGUUAGUUUAGUUAACAUUGAGGAGCGACUCAGUCUGCUGGAGAGUCAGCUCAACGACGUCAAGCAAUACGGAAAGUUCCGUCGGGUGGUUCUUUUCGGUGGCAAUGUUGGUGACGGGGAACCAGAAGAACCAACCAACGAAGUCGUGGAUCACUCGGAGCAGAGCAUUUCGGAUGUAGUUCGGAAGAUUUCGGCCCAGAUCGCCGAGCUGCCUCGAAUACGUCGGGAUGUUUCGGCGCUGAAGCUUUCCCGUACGACCCGGCAGGCUCCGGCCGAUGGCGAAUGCAACUGCCCACCAGGUCCUCCAGGUCCACCAGGGCCCGUCGGCAAAAGAGGCAAACGUGGCAAAAAAGGAGAUCCAGGUGAACCAGGGGCCGAGGGUCCAACUGGUCCACCUGGCAAAAAUGGCCUUCCGGGAUUAAAGCGAUCCGUGACGACGUUACGGGGAGGUUCCCUGGGGUACGCGGAAAUCGUCGCCGUCAAGGAUCUUCAAGCAGCUGGCCACAAUGUGUCCGCUGCCAACAUAAUCCAGCUGAAGGGUGAACCGGGAGAACCAGGCCCUCCUGGACCACCGGGACCGACAGGACCAUCCGGUCCCAUGGGCCUGGACGGACGGCCGGGACCACCGGGCGAUCCGGGUCCUAAGGGUGACCCGGGAACGGCAGGCGAGAAGGGCCCCGUCGGCAAUCCGGGAACGCCGGGGCUCCCGGGAACGAAGGGUGAUCGAGGAGACAAAGGAGAUCGGGGGUUGACGACACACUUUAAGGGCGAUCAGUUUCCGGCCGGCAUCAUCGAAGGGCCACCCGGCCCUCCGGGACCACCAGGUCCUCCCGGAGAGAAAGGUGACAUCGGCCCAGAAGGUCCCCCGGGUCCUCAGGGCGAAAAAGGUCCCCGGGGUAAGCGAGGAAAGCGGCAGGGUCCCGGUAAGGAUGACGAUUACGACGAAGCGACUCUGGCCCAGUUCCGAGGUCCACCGGGUCAACCGGGACCACCAGGGCUUCCGGGACGAGACGGUCUACCGGGCCAGAAGGGCGAAUCCGGUGAGGUGGGUGCCCCCGGAUCUCUCGGACCACGAGGCCUUGACGGGAUGCCAGGAGAACCUGGUAUCGAGGGUCCCCCGGGUUUGCCGGGCUACCAGGGACCUCCCGGAGAGAAAGGCGAUCCCGGAGAUAUCGGACCACCAGGCCUUAUGGGUCCGCCGGGACUUCCCGGGCCACCCGGCUAUCCGGGUGUCAAGGGUGAUAAGGGCGACCGAGGUGAUGGCUUCCGGAAAAUGCGGAGGCGGCAGGAUCACGAGGGAAUGGCCGACGAACCGUACCGGGAGACGGUGUACGGACCGCCGGGACCUCCCGGGCCACCUGGUCCGAUUGGCCAUACGGGACCGCAAGGCCCUCGGGGGUACGACGGCAAAAAGGGCGAACGGGGCGAGAAGGGACAGAAGGGAGACUACGGACCGAUGGGACUGCCGGGCCCCAUGGGAUUCCGCGGCGAUUCGGGUCCAGUCGGUCCAGUAGGCAAACCUGGCCAUCCGGGACCCCCCGGAUUGGACGGCAUGAAGGGCGCCCAGGGAGAGACCGGCAUCAAGGGCGAAAGAGGUGAUCCCGGACUGCCUGGCACCGAUGGCAUUCCCGGCCAGGAGGGUCCCCGGGGUGAGAAGGGCGGCAAAGGUGACCCGGGACCACCGGGCAAACGAGGCCGCAAGGGUGACCGGGGGGACAAGGGUGACCAGGGCGUUCCCGGGCUGGACGCUCCCUGCCCGCUCGGAAUGGACGGUCUUCCCCUACCGGGAUGUGGCUGGAGGGCACCGAAAGUGUACCAGGAACCGGCAAUGCCCUCGCCACCGCACAAGGACUACCUGCCGGAUGUGACGGGAACGGAGAACGAGAGCGAAUACGCGGAGGAGGAAGAAGACGACGGAACCGGAGGCGGAGAGGGCGAAGACUACGAGGACGAAUACAACGAGAACGAGCAUGAAGGGAACUGAGCGUGAAAUGAGAAGAAGAAAUGUGCGGCUUAAGUGUGAGAGAGAGAACUUUAGCUGUAGACUUACCCGUUGAAAUUUUGUGAGCGAUGCGUGAAUCGUGGUUUGUUUUGCAGAAUUAUUCAAAAAAAAAAUGCAACUAGACAAUUUAGCAGCUGAGUAUAAGAUAGGAACAAUCCAUCGAUCGAUACAGGGUGUAAUACUUUUUCAAUCUCAUGUCUGAAAGAAUAGAUUUAAUUUCAGAAUGUCCAGAAUGUUAGUAAUAGUUAGUUUAGUGUUAAAGCAUCUUCGUUGUAAAAAAGGUUUCAUCUUGUUCAUUUAAUAAGCUAACCGGCAUUUCCAAACUAGAAUAAAUCACCAAAGAUUGUCUUUA